AUGGCGUCGUCGAAGGUAAUGGCGUCGUCGAAACCCAGAAACUCGGAUCUACCUUCAACAACUCCAUCUCGAUCGCGACGCGCUACUUCUUCUUCUUCUGCUACUAAACCAGCUCAUCAAUCUACUGACCAAUUAUUCCAAACAGAAUCAACAAUGACAGUGGACGGCAUCUUACGUAACGUAUACGCCUCUCCAUCAACCGAAUCAACUCUCCUCGACGCACAAAUAACCCUAAUUGAUACCCCUAACCCUCUUCCUCCUCCACAUAUCGAAACAAAUGAUACUGAUAAUCGAGAUAUGAGCGAUGUAAUUCCACAAGAGACCAAGACUGCUGACGAUAUUUGGAGAGAAAUUGUGGCGGGUAGAAAGGAAAUGAAGGAUGAACCGGACGAGAUGAUGACUUUGGAGGAUUUUUUGGCAAAGGCGGGGGCGGUUGAUGUGGUUGGAGAUGAUGGGGAUGAGGUGAAGAUGCCUCCGCCGGAGAGGUUGAGCGGAGGAUUGUAUGCGUUUGAUCCUGUUCCGCCUAGUGCAUUUCAGGUGUUGGAUAAGGUGGAAGGGUCGAUUGUUGGGUUUGGUAAUGGAGUGGAGGGGGAGCUUGUUGCUGGCAGUGGUAGUGGUGGAGGAAGAGGGAGAAGAGGGAGGACGGUGGUAAUGGAACCUUUAGAUAAGGCGGCACAACAGAGGCAGAGGAGGAUGAUUAAGAAUCGGGAGUCUGCUGCUCGGUCCAGAGAGAGGAAGCAGGCCUAUCAAGUGGAAUUGGAGUCUUUGGCAGUGAGGUUAGAGGAGGAGAAUGAGCAGUUACUUAAAGAGAAGGAAGAGAGGACUAAGGAAAGAUUUAAGCAGCUUAUGGAAAAAGUGGUUCCUGUUAUCGAGAAGCGAAGGCCGAGACGUAUGCUCCGGAGAGUCAACUCCUUGCAGUGGUAG